UUCUUUCAACAACCUCCAAAAUUUUGGAUGGCGAAAAGACGGUACAACAAAAAAAAGUAUGAGGGUCCGCUUCCAGUAACAUUGUCGUCGACAGUAUAUGGGCCGCUACCAGAGGUGUACCCUCACAAUCCGCUUUCAUGGGCGUAUUUUGCAUACAAAUACCUUGUUCUACUCACAAAGCCUGUUCCACAAGGGUGCAUCGACAACAUUGUUGUGAACUGUGAGCAUACUGACGCUGGCGCCGUUUUCACAGUGAACGAUUUGUCUGAAAUGACAAGACUUUGGGACCAUGGAUGUUACGGUAAGGGUAUCUUUUCUCGGUCAGACCCUACGUGGUACUCCAGGACUACUAGAAGACUUCAUUUGAACCAUCUGUCAAGUGAGCCAGCUGAGUUGUCUAACGAAGACAUCACACGGUUUCGAAGGGAGGAACGGAGUCGGUUUAAGGCCGAAAGAACUCGAGAGCAACAGCUCAAGACAAAACGCCGACAUACACCUCUUUCUACUGAAGAAAAGCAGGAAUUACAGGAAGUUGAGUCUGUUCUUCUCGCGUUUCGUCGCUCAAAUCGGUUGAAGGUGCAAAAAGAACAGCUGCAACCCAUCUUAUGGGGCGAUAUGAGGGAUGAAGACCAGCUUAACGUUGACAAGGAAACGAUGGAAUUGGUCAAUAUCGAAGCUUUACAGCUUCAGCCUGUCGAAUUGUUUUUCUUGAAAUACGGUUUAGACGUGGUGGAUGUGAUUUCAAGCCAGGACGCGAGUGCACUUUCUACACGAGAAGUAUUUUUCGCCUGCUGUGGAACUCGUACGCCGAUUCCCAGCACCAGCUUUAUUGUACAGUACGUGGUAUACCACUACUACCGGUCGCUCGGUUGGUCUGUUCGACUGGGUAUUAAGUUUGGAUGUGACUUCAUUUUGUAUAAGCGAGGCCCACAGUUCUCCCACGCCGAACAUGCUGUCCUCGUUAUCCCUGCCGACGGACAACAUGAGAAGAGCUGGGUGGAGUUACAAACGCUCUCGAGGGUGAUUGGCAGUGUCAGAAAGACCUUGGUGCUUAAUUAUGUAGAAAUGCCUUCAGUGGCAGAUUUUACGGCAGUUUUGCACCCAGACCAACUGGACGAAACCUUGUUUACAACUCUCCUUCGACUUUACCGAGUCAAUGAGGUGGUAUAUCGCCGGUGGGUGCCCAACAAAACCCGAGACUAGCACGAGAUUAGUACGAUAUAACGAUAUAAUGAUAAUGAACGCAAACGGGAUCGGUCUUGUACAAAGACUAUUCUACGCGGUUGGCUGCAAAGCCCUGUCUCAAAACUGCACAAUUUCGCGAAGUAUCCUAUUCAAC